UCGAGUUCCUCCGGGGAAAAAUCUCUUCGCCAAUGAAAUCAUGCCAGGUCGGACCGAUUGACACGUGGAUGCUUCCUGCUCCUCAGAGCAUCUUCUUCCCGAUUCGCCUCUCCCUCUCCAACCACGAAGCUGAGCAUUGACGCAAUGGCGCCAUUUCUGCAGCGCUUCAUCUCCGCUUCGGCCUCGCCCUCUGGUCCACCCCCAUUCCCUCCGAAACCUCCAUUCCCGAGCAACUCUCUCUCCGUGAAGCCUCAGAGCGACGACGAUCAGCAGCAGCUCCGGUGCAACAUUCUCCGCAGAGACUUCGCCGCUCUCGCACUCCUCGCUCUUGCGCCAGCACGCUCCCUCGCCCGCCCAUCUCCAGCCGCCGCCUUCUCCAUUGGCAUCUCAGGACCGAAGGAGUGGCUAAAAGAGCAGAAGAAGAAGUCAUCCAAGUUCCUCUUGGCUCCAAUAGAUGCUUCCCGAGAGAGCCUUCGGUCGGCAUAUGCUAUUCUGAUUAGGGAUUCUGACUACACGAAUAAGGAUUUGGAGGAGGUCCUGAGGCUGUCCAAGUCUGCUGCUAGGGAUUGUGUUCCACAGGAUAGGAAUUCAUUCGUGAACUUUCAAGCCAAUACCGGAGUUGAGGUUUGCACAUUCAAGUUGAUUGUGAAGAAUGCAGCCUCUUUGCUUGCCGACAAGGAUCCUGUAAAGCUGGAAGCUGAAGCCAUAUUAGACAACCUCAUUAGGUCCUUCUCCUCUCUGAAUGGCCUGGCAAAUGAAAUGGAUCUUCAACCCACAUCAAAUAGUAGACAGAGGGCAGUUGAUGCUCUGAAGGACACCAUAUCUUCCUUGGACAAAUUUGAGCAGGCCAUCAAGGAUUGCCUCGAAGUUUAGUCCUCUAGAUAGAUAUGAAGUCCAGACUCCCGAGAACAAUUUGCAAGUUUAUGUAUUGCCAACUUGCAACAUUUUUACCUGUUGCAAAUUAUCAGGUGGUAAUCGUAACUUCCCCCCUGAGUUGGAAAAUAUCUAUUUCAUUGAACUGCACAUGCGCGCAGCUCAGAAGGAAUGAUCAUUAGGCGUGGAAAUUGGGAAGGAAGGAGACUAUUUCCAUGUUGCAUCAGAUUUCAUCAUUAAUCUGGAAACAAUUUUGUCUGAAA